AUGGCUACAACGGCAUACGAGCAUGAUGCUGAUGGUUGUAAAUUUAUACCUGCAUCGCAACGUCCUGAUGGUACUUGGCGGAAACCGCGACGGAUAAAAGAAGGUUAUGUUCCCCAGGAAGAAGUUCCUUUGUAUGAAAGUAAAGGUAAACAGUUUAAAGCUCGUCAAAACACUGGUAUACCUGUUGGACUCACACCAGAAAUUGUGGCCCAAGCUCAGAAAAAGAAAGGCCAUGGAGGCACUAUACAACCAAUACCUGGUAUGAUUAUCAAUGUUGAUAAGAAGAAAAAGAAAAAGAAGACAGGUGUGGAUGAAGCAGCAGACAAAUUAGCCAAAUGUGAAAUAAUAGAACCCACAUUUAACAACUCAACACCACAAUCUAAUAACUCAACACCAGUAACAGAUCCAGCAAAAAGAUUAAAAAACCUAAAAAAGAAAUUAAGAGAAAUAGAAACACUUGAAGAAAAAAUAAAAGUGGGAAGUCUCAAAACUUUGGAUAAAGAUCAAAAAGAAAAAAUGUCAAAGAAAAAGGACAUACUCGGUGAGAUAGAGAAAUUAGAAAGAUCUAGCGGAGAGACAAAGCCAAAU